AGGAUUUUAAGCCCUUGGAUCAUGGUUCAGUAACCGGAAGGUCACGGUCUCCUCGCAAAAGCCAGCAGCAGGAAAUUUAAUACAUAGUAGAAUUGUAUUGUACAUUAGCAACUGCGACAGGUCAUUUGCCCUGCUUUUGCAUCAUCGCGACAAUCCAAAUUGGAAUUUGAAGUUACAGAGGGAGAACAAGACAAAAAUUAUUUUUCAAGCCCAAAAUCUUUCUAACUCUUCAAUUUUCAUCUUUCUCUCUUUCUCUCUCUCUCAACUUAGAUUAUUUUUUUCAAUUAUCGCCAACUGGUCCAUCGCCCUUACGACCCCACCAUUCCCUAGAGUCGAUGUUCCUGACAAUCAACUCUUGAUCUCUCCCUCUCCCUCUCCCUCUCCCCUCUCUCCUCUCUUCUCCUCCUUCUAUUUUUUUUCUUCUUUUAACCACCCAGCGAUCAUAGGCAUCUUAUAAAAGUGCCUUCAAUCCCAAUCCCCGGAUUUCGAACGCGCGCGUAAUCCGAGAUUCUUAUUUCCUUGCCGCCCAUCAUGGCGUGGCAGCCCUCGCCCGAGUCCUUGAGCACUCUCGCUGCUUGUCUCAAGGACUCUCUCAGCGGUUUCGACAAAGCUGCGCAGAAACAGGCCGAGAUUAUGCUCACGCAAGCGAAGUCGUCUCCCGAUAUUAACAACUACCUGGUCUACCUGUUCUCCAGUCAAGAACCUCCAAGUGGCCUGCAGUGCUCACCUGAAGACUACUUUCUCAUACGCUCGUCCGCUGCGAUCAUGCUGAAAAAUAACAUUAAGACGAGCUCCAAAGAAGUUUCCGAUAGCAGCCUGACUUUGAUCAAGAUGGGUAUCCCUAUGUGUUUGCAAGACAAGAAUGCCCAGAUCCGUAACUACGCAGGUGUUAUCGCGACUGAGAUGAUUCGGCGAGGCGGUAUUAUGAGUUGGCCCGAGUUACUACCAGAACUCUUGAAGAUGAUUGGCAACGAGAGUGGUCAAGUCACGAACGAGGCACAAGAAGGCGCUACGGCAGCCAUGGCUAAGAUUUGUGAAGAUAACUUCAAGAUGCUGGAGCGCGAGCUGAACGGCGAACGGCCGCUUAACUUCAUUCUCCCCAAGUUGAUCCAGGCUACUAAGAGCCCGUUGCCCAAGGUUCGCGCCCAUGCCUUGACCGCCAUCAACGUCUUUACCGCUCGAAAAUCUCAGGCCAUGCUCAACUCCAUCGACGACUUGCUCCAGCACUUAUUUGCGCUCGCAACAGAUUCCAGCAACGACGUGCGACGGCAGGUAUGUAGGGCAUUCGCUCAGUUGGUUGAAUCUCGCCCGGACAAGAUCCAGCCUCAUCUCCCUGGCCUUGUCGAUUACAUCAUUACCCAACAGCAGAGUGACGACGAGGACCUGGCUACUGAUGCUGCCGAGUUCUGGCUUACGGUGGGUGAGCACGAGCAUCUUUGGCAUUCCCUGAGUCCGUACAUCGGCAAGAUCAUCCCGGUCCUUCUUGAUUGCAUGGUAUAUAGCGCUGAGGAUAUUGCGCUCCUCGGUGGUGCGUCUGACGACGAGGAUGAAGAGGAUCUCGAGAAAGAUAUAAAACCCCAAUUUGCCAAAAAGCAAUCGGCGCGACAAGCCAACAAAGACGGAUCUGCCGAUGCCGCUCAGAACGGAAACGCUUAUGAGAAAUUAGCUAGCAUGGAUGAUGACCUGGAGGAGGGUGAGAUUGACGAUUUUGAUGAUGGGGAUGACGCAAGUCCGGAUGAGCGUUGGACCCUCCGAAAGUGCUCUGCGGCUGCACUGGAUGUCUUCGCUCGCGAUUUUAAGGAUCCGGUAUUCGAGUCCAUCAUGCCGUACCUCAAUAAAAAUAUCAGGCACACUGACUGGCCGUACCGAGAGGCCGCAGUGCUCGCCUUUGGUGCUGUUGCGGAAGGCUGUAUGAAUGUUGUCACGCCUCACCUCCCUCAGUUGGUACCUUAUUUGAUCUCUCUCUUGAAUGAUCCUGAGCCCGUGGUUCGACAAAUUACCUGCUGGACGUUGGCUCGCUAUUCUUCCUGGGCCGCGGAUCUGACGGAUCCGCAACAAAAACAACUUUACUUCGAGCCGAUGAUGGAAGGUAUCUUGACAAAAAUGUUGGAUAGCAACAAGAAGGUACAAGAAGCUGGCGCGUCAGCCUUUGCUAAUUUGGAGGAGAAGGCCGGAAAGAAAUUAGAGCCUUACAGCCUUCCAAUCAUUCAACAAUUUGUCCGCUGCUUCAAGAAGUACAAGGACAGGAACAUGUAUAUCCUCUAUGACUGUGUACAAACACUGGCUGAGAGCAUAGGGCCCGUCUUAGCCCAGCCCAAUCUCGUCAACGAACUAAUGCCCGCGCUCAUCGAGAGGUGGACCAAGGUAUCGGAUCAGUCUCGAGAACUGUUCCCAUUGUUGGAAUGCUUGUCAUAUGUUGCUAUGGCGUUGAACGAUGCCUUUACCCCUUACGCGCAGCCAAUCUUCGUUCGCUGUGUCAACAUCAUUCAUCAAAACCUGGAAGCGUCUCUUGCGUUGACAAAUGAUCCAACCGUCGAGGCGCCAGACAAAGAUUUCUUAAUUACGAGCUUAGAUCUCCUCAGUGCCAUCAUACAGGCACUAGAGCCGGCAAAGUCUUCUAAGCUGGUCCAGGAGUCUCAAUCCACAUUUUUCGAACUCCUUACCUUCUGCAUGGAAGACCCGACAGAUGAAGUGCGACAAUCAGCAUAUGCACUUCUCGGAGACUGUGCGAAGUAUGUGUUCGAGCAGCUACAACCGUCGCUACCCAACAUUUUCCCGGUGCUUUUAAAACAACUGGACCUGGAUGACAUAAUCGAUGAAGAGAUUGACAACGGAUUCGGGAUUAUUAAUAACGCCUGUUGGUCCGCAGGUGAAAUCGCCAUUCGACACAAGUCUAAUAUGGCACCUUACGUACCCGAGCUUUUCCAACGCUUCUUAGAAAUAAUAACCAAUCCGGGUAUCCCCAAGGGAGUAACUGAAAAUGCCGCGAUCGCUCUGGGGCGACUUGGACUUGGAAAUGGCGAGCUUCUGGCGCCGCAGUUAGCCAACUUUGCUGAAGAUUUCCUCCUCUCCAUGGACGAGGUGGACCCGUCAGACGAGAAGGCGACUGCAUUCCGAGGAUUCACUGCUAUUGUCGAGAAGAAUCCCAUGGCCAUGGAAAAAUCCCUCUUGCACUUUUUCACUGCAAUCGCCCGGUACAGAGACCUAAAAUUGCGCAGUGAAACUAAGAACGGCCUCCAUGAGGAUUUCCAAAAGGCCAUCGGCAUUUACCGUCAGAUUAUCCCUCAGUUUGACCAAUUUCUCAGCCAAUUGCAACCUCAGGAUCAACAGACGUUACGAACGACGUAUGCUUUUUGAAUAAAGCGUUACUGAUAGCGGUGUGUGUUAUUGGGCCCAACAGGACUUGCGUGAGGUCGUGAGCGGAUUGACUUCCAUGUCUUCCGGUACUUGAUUACCAUAGGCGAUAUAUCAAGCUCAGGAUCAG